AUGGAGCGCGGCCCUAUCGCGGCGUUUAAGGACCACGAGGUGGUAUUUGGCCACGUUGAUGGCGAGGACCGUGGGAAGAACGCGAUGUAUCCGCCGCUGCGCCGCAAUGACCCGCUUUUUUGGCUGCGGGAUGAUGCUCGCAAGGACUCAGCGGUUAUUGCCCACCUGAAGCUGGAGCAGGCUUAUUUUGAGGAGCGCACGGCGGACAUUAAGGACCUUUCCGAGACGCUUUACAAGGAGCACAUUGCGCACAUACAGGAGACAGACAUGUCCGCGCCGUAUCUGCAUGAUAACUACAUGUACUACACGCGAGAGGUGGCGGGGUUGUCGUACAAAAUUCAUUGCCGUGUUCCUCUUGGAAAGACUCCUGGAAAGAGCGAGGAGGAACAGGUGAUCCUGGACGAGAACAAACUGGCCGAGGGGAAGACGUUUUGCGUAGUGCACACAGUGAAGCCGGCACCGCCGGACCACACCCUUGUUGCCUACUCGGUGGACUACAGCGGAAAUGAGGUGUACGACGUCCGCUUUGUGCAGGACGCGGCGGCGGAUGUGGUGGAGGGGACCAAUGGCAGAAUUGUGUGGGGCCCGGGUGCGUCUUGCUUCUUCUACACGACGAAGGACGCGGCGCAGCGGGAUCACAAAAUUUGGCGACACGUCAUGGGAAAUCCGCAGUCGGAGGACGUCUGCUUAUACACGGAGGAUGACCCGCUCUUUAGCGCCUUUAUGGGGAAGUCGGGGGACGGGCACACGCUGGUUAUCGGCUCGGUGUCCUCGGAAACAACGGAGGUGCACCUGUUGGACCUGCGCAAGGGAAACAGUCAUACAACACUGGAACUGGUUCGCACGCGUGAAAAGGGCGUGCGCUAUGACGUGGAGCUCCAUGGCACGGAUACGCUGGUUAUUUUGACAAACAAGGACGACUGCAUGAACGGCAAGGUGGUGCUGGCAACACGGAGCGCGCCGGCGGAGUGGGCUCACGUCCUUGUGCCACACAGCGAGGAGACGUUCAUCGAGACUGUGGCUGUCUUUGCGAAGUUUGCCGUCUUUGCCGGCCGACGUGCGGGGCUAACGCGUGUCUGGACGAUGCCGGCGGGUCGUGACGGGUCCUUCGUCGGUGCCGUGUUGCAGGAGGUGCCGUUUGACGACCCCGUUUUCGCCGUCCACCCUGCCUUUUCCCAGAUGAAGAUGUACGACACAGCGACGCUGCGCCUUGUCUACUCUUCCAUGACAACCCCCACGACAUGGAUCGACCUGGACGUCGCCACUGGAAGCCGCACGACGGUGAAGGUGCGUGAGGUGGGCGGUGGGUUUAAUGCAAAAAAUUACGUCUGCCGGCGCCUCUUCGCGACGGCGCCGGACCGGACGAAGAUUCCUCUGUCGGUUGUGCACGACGCCAGCCUCGACCUGAGCAAGCCGCACCCAACUAUGCUGUACGGCUACGGCUCGUAUGGGCUUUGCAUGGAGCCGGAGUUCAGCAUCAAGUACCUGCCCUACGUGGAUCGUGGUAUGAUUUACGUCGUCGCCCACAUCCGCGGUGGGGGGGAGAUGGGCCGGGCGUGGUACGAGGUGGGGGCCAAGUAUCUCACAAAGCGAAACACUUUUUCAGACUUCAUCGCCAGCGCGGAGUACCUGAUUGAGACUGGUCUAACGACCCCCUCGCAGCUGGCGUGUGAAGGGCGUAGUGCAGGUGGGUUGUUGAUUGGGGCCGUGUUAAACAUGCGACCCGACCUCUUUCAGGUCGCGCUGGCAGGCGUUCCAUUUGUGGACGUCAUGACAACGAUGUGCGACCCGAGCAUUCCACUCACCACGGGCGAGUGGGAGGAGUGGGGGAACCCGAACGAGUACAAGUUCUUUGACUACAUGAACAGCUACAGCCCUGUGGACAACGUGCGCGCGCAGGACUACCCGCACCUCAUGAUUCAGGCUGGACUGCAUGACCCUCGUGUGGCCUACUGGGAGCCAGUGAAGUGGGCCUCCAAGCUGCGUGCGCUCAAAACGGACACCAACGAGCUGCUGCUCAAGAUGGACCUUGACAGCGGGCACUUCUCGGCAAGCGACCGCUACAAGUUCUGGCGUGAGAUGGCCAUCCAACAGGCCUUUGUGCUCAAACACCUUAAUGCCCGGACGCUGCUCCGGCGGUGA